AUGUCGCUGAUCCCAUACCAACCGCGUGAGGGUCGCGAAAUCGUCCUCCGGCACCGCAACGCUAUAGUAGUUCGUGACCGUUCCUCCCAGAGACUCGAAAUCCGUGGCCUGUCCGAGUGCCCGACGUGCCGUCAGCCCUUGCGAUCAAGCUCCCCGGAACGUCAGUUCGAUAGCGCUCGCCAUCAUGACUCCUUUGUCGACCCGAAUUACUUUCGCAUGCUCCGAGCCGGCGGCCACGACUCUCGUGCCGACCACCAUCCCCCGCCAAGCCCCAUUCGUCGCAUUGUGCAACCAAGCUUACCCCACCCGCAAGCUGCUGUAAUAGAGGAAGCCGAGGAUGCAGAGUUCAUUUCGAGUACACCUUCGGUCCAUGAGGGCAGCCGCAUUCGCCGCGAGGCUUUUAGUCCUAAUUAUUUCAAAACCUUCUUCGUCGAGGAGAAGGAACUCGGGCGUGGAGGUAAAGGCGUGGUGCUGCUCGUCCAUCACGAAAUUGAUGGUUGUCAACUUGGCCACUUUGCGUGUAAGCGCGUGCCUGUAGGAGAUGAUCACGCGUGGUUGGAAAAAGUUCUCAUUGAAGUCGAGUUGCUCGCUAAGCUCUCUCACCCAAAUUUGGUCUCUUACCGUCAUGUCUGGCUCGAGGACGUCAAAUUGACUCGGUUCGGCCCCAGCGUGGCAUGCGCUUUCAUUCUGCAGCAAUACUGUAAUGGCGGCGACCUGCUCAACUAUAUCAUCGGGGACCAACCCAAGGAAACGACCAAGGAGCAGCUCAAGGCCCAGAUGCGCCGAAAAUCGAAAGGUCAGCUUGAACUGCCCCGGGACCAGUUCGCCUCGCAAAGAUUGUUAUCUUUUGAGGAGAUUUACUCGCUCUUCAAAGACAUCACCUCUGGACUGGCAUACCUUCAUGCUGCCAAUUACAUCCAUCGCGACUUGAAGCCGAGCAAUUGUCUGCUACAUCGAGAAGGCAGCGGGAUCAUCUGCCUGAUCAGCGACUUCGGCGAGGUUCAAUCCGAGAACAUGGUCCGCAAGUCCACUGGAUCAACUGGAACCAUCUCCUAUUGCGCUCCAGAGGUAUUGAGGAAAGACUCGACCGGGCGCUAUGGUAAUUUUACUACAAAAUCCGACAUCUUCUCCCUCGGCAUGAUUCUCUACUUUAUGUGCUUCGGCCGUUUGCCAUACCGAAGUGCCAACACUAUCAACGAGGAGCUUGAAGACAUUGACGAGUUGCGCGCAGAGAUUACAGACUGGCAGGGAUUCCAAGAUGAACGCAGAGAACGCCCGGAUCUUCCGUCAAAGCUGUACCACCUUCUCAAGAAGCUUCUUGCCCUAGAUCCGUCGCAGCGUCCUAGCGCGAGUGAAGUUUUAUCAGCCAUGAAGACGGAGUCGACCAUGGAAGGCGUCACUCGAGGUAGGAGCUCAAGUCCAUCCAUUGGCAUCAACGGACGCCGGAUACAGAGCCUAGACUCUCCGAUCCCCCCAAGCACCCCUGUGCCAGAUCCCCAAAAGCAGGCGAGAUUCUCCUCGUCCCAGGAAGGGUACAACAUCCCUAGCAGGGCAGCAGACAACGGCUCUCCCAGCUCGGACACGCCGGCAGGCCUACGGAGACAGUCGGACUCAAGCUCCCCGAGGCUGCGGCCGCAAGCCCAGGUAAUGGUGGCUCAACGCAGCCAAGACAGCUUCAUUCGCACGACGCCUGAGCGAGAUGAGAGUGUAGACUCCCUGAAAGACGAGCCUCUGAAUUCACCCCCACUCCUGAUGCCACCUCCUGCUACACCCUUGGAAGCCUUGCGUCAUAGACUUAUGAUCAGCCGGCUGCGAGCAAGCCAGCUUAUGCGCUACAAUGCCGGACCUCUGUUAGCGGUUGUGCGACUCGGCUUCUUUCUGAGCAAAAUGCUCAGCCUGACACGUCCGUGCUGGCCGUACGUAGUCAACCCAAAUAUUGGGACGCCAUUGGUGAUUCUAGCUGCUCUUGAUCUUGGCCUCGCCAGCGCUGGCACGCGACCGAUCUCACCAUAUGAGCGGGAAACCGGGAGACGUCUGUCGAACGGCCUGCCUUGGGCCUGGGGCUUACGGGGAAGCGUGGUCCUCGCGAUCCUCCACCUUAUUGUUCUCUGGGUCGGAGGUCGCUUGAAUUCUCUAUGUACGACUGGGCAUGGCACUUGGCAUCUUUAA